AUAAGUGUACACUCUACUAGAAAUCUAAACAAUAUGUUAAAAAUUACUAUUUUUCAUCUACACUGUUUUUUUUCUAUUGGUUUUAAUCAUUCACGUAGCCGUGUAUAUACACUAGCUAUGAGUCAUUUGUGGCAGAUGAUGUCAUCCUGUACAUGUUAACAUUUAAACUAACCAGUCAACAAGCUAAGUUGUGUGAUACUUUCUCGGGUUCUUCGAGUUGAAGCUCUGUUGAAGCUGUCAGACAUGGAGAUUGAGGAAGAGACAACUCGGGGAAACCCCACUGAGGAGUCUGAUCAACAGAUCCAGCCAGAUGAGAUUAAACAAGAAACUGGCCCAAAUAUUUGCCAGCACUUCCUCAUGGGCAGAUGUCAUUUUGGAGACAGAUGUCGUUUGUCUCACAGUGUGCUUGACGUCCCACAAACCACAAACUCCGAGAAAGACGAUACAGCCGUCACAGAAAAGCAGAGCAAGAGCCGAAAAAAUGGGAAAAAAUGUCACGCAGACAUACAGCAUGAAAAGAUUGAGAAAAAAGGAUCUAAGAAGAAGCCACGGAUGCGUACAGCUGAUGAAGUCAUCUCCAGAAUCAUCUGGGAUGCAUCAGUGGACCCUGAUGAUUUUAUAGUUGGCCACCUAGACCGCUUUCUAGGAGUGCUGGAACGCCCCUUCUCUGAUUUCUCAUGGGACACUCAGGUGUGUGACUGUGACUUCUCUGAAGAGCUGGCACUCCCUCGCCAUAGGAUCCAGUAUUUCAGCUACAAAGGCCAGCGGGUGUGGGAUAGAGACAGUCGCACUGAUCGGGUCUUUGGCUCAACAGGCCAGACUAUUUUGCCUCCUUUUUGUGGUGAAAAUCAACAACAAGACAAUCUAACAUCUGACACUGGACAACAAGAAGAAUCCACCAAUGCAGCAGAUGUUUCCACUGACCCUGAUCAAUCGACUGAAUUAUCUGAAGUACAGGAUGAUGUUGCAUCUGUAAUAACACCAUCAAAAAACAAACAAUCACAGGGAGACGCCCUAAAUCACUCAGCAAAUGAAAACGCAGAGGAAGAAACCAAAGACCACAUCCUACUCUCCCAAACAGAAUCUGCACCAGAAGGCGAAAACACAGCAACUGCCGAAGAUCCUACUUUAAAUCAUUUGGCUGGAAAUCUGACUAUCACUCAAAAAGAUGAACAAGCGGAAAUAGCGGAGGAAUGGAAGGACAGCUGGGAUGGAGUGAGUGGCUCAGAAGCAGAACUAGCGUCGGCCAUCCUGCCACAACCACAGUCCAAACGGCCACCACCACGCAAGCCCACCCACUUCAUCUGCUUCCGUGUGGAUUCUCCCGCUGCUCUCCAGGCCUUCCAGCGAGUUCAGAGAAAAGUUCUGUCCACCCUCCCUCAGUCAGAGCCAAUGUGGGUUAAUCCGGCAACUUUACACGUCACCCUCUCCUUACUUGUGCUCAACAGUGCAGAGGAGGUCAGUGCUGCCGCUGAGCUCAUGCGCACCAUAGUCCGAAGCUCCCACAAACCUCCAAUUUCCGUGACGUUCGCACCUAAACUGAAGCACUUUAAUGGAACCGUUCUCCACGUAGUCCCACAGCCGUCCUCAGAUGUGCAGAGUCUGAAUUCGCCCCUUCAAGAAGCCUUCAAAGAUAAAGGUUGGCUUCACCGGCAUUCCCGAUGCCCGUCGUACCAUCUCACACUGGCCAAAGUGAAGAGGGAGCCCAAGGCUGAGAAGAUGUUUGAAGGGAUCGGGACUGUGAAAUUGGCUAAAGAUGUCAACUUUGGAAAGCUGGAAGUAAAUAAGCUGUACCUUUGCGUGAAAGGUCAGAGAAACACGGAGAGUGGGUUCUAUCAGGUUGUAUGUGCCGUGCAGCUGCCCAAUGUGUAGUGCCUGGAUUUGUCACCUAAGCUGAUUUUACCUACAUCAAAUACUUGAUGUGUUUUUACUUAAAUAAACAGUCUCAUGAUUCAAGACUUGAAGGCAGUCACCAUAGUGCAGGUGCUUAUUUUAAAUGCAGUAGUUGCAAAGAAAAUGUAUCUUUCUUUGUACAAAAUGGAUAUUUAAAAAGUUCCUUUAACAAAC